GAGCUGAAAGCUGGAGGAAGACAUCUGUUUGAGAGGAACCGCACAAGUACGCGCAUCCAGACCCCGACGUCGGACCUGCGGGAGUUUAGUUUGGAAAGUUUUAAGUGACACAGAGCAAGUGGAUUUUUGGACUUUUUACGCAUUUACAAGACUGUGUCAAGAUGAUUGGACACACCCUCACACACCUGCUCUGGUUUGUGUGUCUGUGUUCGGCUCAACCAGCGCCUCCACGUACCACGAUGAAGAUGGAGAAGAGCUCUCCUGCAGCCGGCUCUCUGGCUGGCAGGGUGGUGCUGCCGUGUCACUUCUCCAUCAUGCCAGCUUCUCCCACCACGUCCACGCUCCCUCCCACGUCUGCACCUCGUCCCAGCUCUAGUCCCGAUGAGCAGCUCCGGAUCAAGUGGGUGAAGCUUGAUGGGCCGGGGGAGAAGGUGGUGCUGGUGGCUCAGGGGGCGGUGGUGAAGGUGGGGCAGGAGUUCCGUAGCAGGGUGUCGGUGCCCAGCCACCCGCUGUCGGUCGGGGACGCCUCGCUGAUGAUUGUGCGGCUCAGGGCCAGUGACGCCGGCCUGUACCGCUGCGAGGUGAUGCACGGGAUGGAGGACACUCAGGACACCGUCAGCCUCAACGUCACCGGGGUUGUGUUCCACUACAGAGCGAACACCAGCCGCUACACUCUGGAUUUCCCUGCAGCUGUGGAGGCGUGUCACUCCGUCGAUGCCUCCGUCGCCACACCCGAACAGCUGAGUGCUGCCUUUGAGGACGGCCUCGACCAGUGUGACGCUGGCUGGCUCGCCGACCAGUCAGUCAGGUAUCCAAUCACAAUUCCUCGUCCAGGCUGUGCAGGUGAUCUGCUGAAUCGACCAGGUGUGAGAACGUAUGGUAUCCGCGACCCCACAGAGAAAUAUGACGUGUACUGCUACGUAGACAAACUGAACGGUGAUGUCUUCUACCCUCCCACCCUCAAAGAUAAGGUCACCUGGCAGCAGGCAAAUGAGGAGUGUGAGAAGCACGACGCUGUGUUGGCGUCGACCGGCCAGCUGUUUGCUGCCUGGAGGGCGGGACUGAACCGCUGCGACUACAGCUGGCUGUCCGAUGGCAGCGUUCGCUACCCCAUCACCGUCCCCCGGCCGCAGUGUGGAGGAGGCCUGCUGGGCGUCCGCACGCUCUACAAAUACGAAAACCAAACUGGAUACCCAGAUCGCAGCAACCUCUAUGGAGUGUUCUGCUUCAAAGCUAAACUACCAGAACCGACUACUGCGAGUUCCCAGGUGAGUACAGCUGUGUCAAACCCCACAUCUGCUCCCUCACACCCUGAAAGAGCUGAAAUCCAAACAGGACAACCAGAGCCCGUCGCAUAUUCGCCAACAGAAAGCCCACUGGUGGACCUCACCUCCCCUCACACCUCAACCUCAGUGGCCCCCUCCACCACCUUAGACGAGUUUGAUGUUCUAGAUUUUGAUAACUCACACAAGGUUGAGUCGAUACCCAUCAGAGGAGACACUUUGAUCCCCAUGCAGCUCCCUCCGUUACCUACUUCCCGCUCGCAGCACGAACACCUUGACAUCUCCCAUGGGGGGGAGGAGGGAGGCCAUACGGGGUCAGGCCGGGGUGACAGCAGCGGCAGCGGGGAGGGAGGCAGUAGCGAUGACAGCUCUGGAGCCGUGACCCCAGAAACCACGUUGAGACCAAGAUGGCUUCCAGAGACCACAGUGAGGAUGGAAACCUCGUCCCUGGAAGUCACUUUGAGCCCUUCAGAGAUGACUGCACUCACUGUCACAGCAGAGCCAGGACUCCCAGCCGGGGCCACAGAGGAUGGGCAACAACCUGCCGUGGUUUUCAAAGAGGACGUCACCCCUGGAACUCCACCAAUGUUCGACAUGGAGCACUCUCUGGAUGUGUCUGCAGGCGGAGAGUCAUCAGGCAAACCGCCGUUCCACGUCAUCAUCGUCAACGUGCACAGCCAGAAUCAGUCAGUUGACAUGGUCCUGGACAUCUUAAACCAGCCUAUGAACGGCUCCCAGUUCCCCCAAAUCACCGACCUCAGUCAGCUGGCCAUCCAAGGCAGCGGGGACGCCGACUCCCUUGAUCCAUCUCCAAUCAAUCUACCUCCAAUGGUCAGCUUUGUCAAUGGAAAACAUGAGGUGACGUUGGCACCAGAGCCGCCAGAGGAAGCCCGAGGUGAUCAGUUUGAGACGGCCACCCCUGUUCGUGUGGAGGAAGUGGAGGUGGAGGAGAGGGAGGAGGACUCCAGUGUGACUCCCUUUGACUAUGGUGUCAUAGAAAUCCACACAGAGGAGACGCCUACAGAGGAUAACAGUGAUCAGGUCUCUCAUCCUACAGAUUCGUACUCAGAUGGAGGUUCAGUCUCUGGCCUGGAGGCUGAAGCAUUUCCUGAUGUCUUCACACCACUUGAUGGACUCAGAACUCAGGAUGAAACAGCGACGACCACCACAUUUACCCCACCUGUUUCAUCACCAGUAUCCACCACACGGUCGAGCUCAGGAGUUUCCACCCAUGAGGACAUGGAAGGCUCUGCAAGCCGCACCACUGAUGAGGAGCCUGGCACUACACUUGAUGGCUCUGGUGCUCCUACCACGCCAGCUGCAGGUGGCCAGCCGGGUGUGAUGACCGACGAGACAGAAAUCGGAGGGACGGAGUCUCCGACUUUAAUCCCUGACACAAAGCCCCAGGAAACCACCACAGAGCCGCAGAUGGAGGACUCAGAGGGCUCUGCCUCAGGAGGAGAAGACGAGGCCUCAGGGCAAGACGUUUAUCCAUCAGAGACACCCACAUUCAGUAGCACACCGUCACCAAUUCACUCCACCCUCCACACCGCGCAGCGUCCACCUGCAGCUGGCAGAGAAGCCACAGAAACACCAGUAGUUUCACCGGAUGCUGUAGCAGAAACUGGCUCGGGUGCAGAGCAAGUGUCUGGGGAUGGGGAAGAGUCAGAGGAGCAGGAUGGUCUGGAUCCUGCAGAGGUCACGGUUUCACCAGCAGUGGCAGCUGUGACGUUUGGAGACCAAACCACAAAAAUACAGCACACGACUGUAGAAAGCACCACACUGACACCCUCCACACAUCUGUCCCUUGCUGCCACAAACGCUACGAAACAUCCAGCAGUCACCACAGAGCCUCCAAACACGACCUCAGACGACCACACUGAGCUUUACAGCGAACACACCAGUCUGUCCUCUACAACCUCCACGCAGGACAUCAGCCAGACUACUCUCUCCACGACGUCCCCUCUGUAUACCUUUGACCAAAACACCCAUUCCGUCCCUGACUGGGCUCUGAUCCCCGACCCGCACGCCACCGCUCUGCCAGAUGAAGAUUUUGUGGACUACGACAAGGAGAUUGUCCCCGAUCUGGUGGAGGCCCUCCCACAGAGACCCGAAGAGACCGAGGCAACAGAGGAACCUGAAACCGGCACUGACUCGGCUUAUUCUGUGGAGGCCAGCACGGUGAACGUCAGAGAUCUCCUGCCGUGUUCCACCAGUGUGUGUCUAAAUGGAGGCUCCUGCUACAAGAGAGGAGUUCAGAACAUCUGCGUCUGUGCACCUGGAUACGUCGGGCAGCGCUGCGAAAUAGAUGUCGAUGAGUGCCAGUCGAACCCGUGUCUGAAUGGAGCCACCUGUCUGGACGGGGUCAACUCCUACACCUGCCUCUGCCUGCCCAGCUACGCCGGAGAGCUCUGCGAACAAGACACGGAGGUGUGCGGAUUUGGUUGGCAGAAGUUUCAGUCACACUGCUACAAGUAUUUCACACACCGUCGUACCUGGGAUGCUGCUGAGAGGGAGUGUCGACUGCAUGGAGCUCACCUGGCCAGCAUCCUGUCACACGAGGAGCAGCUCUUUGUCAAUCGUCUGGGCAGUGACUACCAGUGGAUCGGCCUCAGUGACAAGAUGUUUGAGAGGGACUUCAGAUGGACCGAUGGCAGACCUAUGCAAUACGACCACUGGAGGCAGAACCAGCCCGACAGCUUCUUCCAGUCAGGAGAGGACUGUGUGGUGAUGAUUUGGCAUGAGGGAGGACAGUGGAAUGACGUGCCCUGCAACUAUCACCUGACCUUCACUUGCAAGAAGGGGACAGUUUCAUGUGGCCAGCCCCCCGUGGUGAAGGAUGCUCGAGUGUUUGGGCCCAUGAAGCCUCGCUAUGAGAUCAACUCGCUGCUCCGCUAUCACUGCAAACAGGGCUUCAUCCAGAGACACGCCCCGACUAUACGCUGCCGCUCCAAUGGCCAGUGGGAUACACCCAAAGUCACCUGCACGAGCCCUGCAACCUACCACAAGUCAUUUACUCUGCGGCACCGCAACAACCAGAACGAGCAACAACAGAGGCACUUUAACCACCACAUCCAUCACACCAAGAGUCACGAGAAACACAAUCAAAACCAGGAGCAGCAGCAGGACUACAACAUUCUGCAAAACCUCUGGAAUCCUUUCCAGAGUCGAGUCCAGAAGGUGCUGAGGGAGAAGAGGCUACUGCAGGCCCAACCACACAACCAGGACCAGAUCAGACACUGAUGGGGUUUGUGGGUUCGCAAAUCAGAUCUGCGGUGGUGACCAGUCACAGCAGGCUGGCCGUGUCAGUCCAGAGGCAUCGAUAGACAGACGGAGUGUUGAUCAAAUGUCUAUCAAUUUCUCUCAGAAGGACGAGGGAGAUGUUUCACCAGUACAUUGUCCACAAACACUCCAGGAUCUGAACCGUAACACUAGUGAGAGUUUAGUUUCAUUUGUAGAGUUAGCUUAUUGAUUAUAUUGGUCUCCCUACAACGUCUCGGUGCUCAGGUUACUGAUAUACUUGCUUUUUAGCAUUUCCAAUGAAUAGACAGUCAUCAGUGUUCACAUACUUGCAUACUUUGUGUCUGGAGUGUAAAACUAGAGGGCAGAUUUGCAAUUAUUCAUGCCUGGCUGUAUAAAAUCUUUUCAAACUUCCACUUUAGCACAAAAUUAAAAAAAAAAAUCGUCAUGCAGAUUACAGUAUUUUCACAUGCACAUGGAGUGCACACUUCUACACAAACUAUGAUCAGAUUUAUGAGUGUGACGAUGCUUUCAACACAGGCACUCUAGACAAUAUUAUAGUAAUCACUUGACAGCAAGAAGAAGAGCUCCUUUUUAUUUAUUGUUGUGUUUGGCUGAACAACAUGAGAAACACUUGGACUUGACUCUGUCCCUGAUAUAUCUAAGUUUGUGAUGUCAGGGCUAAAUAAGCUCACUAGUGUCCGUCAGAAUGUCGUGUGUCAUGGUAAGCUUGUGGAAGAAAGUUUUAUUUCCAUUAAGACAGUUUCUCUUUGACUGAAUGUUUCUUGUUGGACUUCAGACUCAACCUUGACUCAGACUCAACUCUUUAUCAAUUUGACUUUGACUCCUUUUGGACUUGACCUUGAGUUGCAUUUGAGUCCUUUUGGACUCUGUCUCGAUUUGGUCUUGACUUAGACUUGACUCAUUUCAGACUCAACUCCUUUCAUAUUUAGCUUUGAAACAUUUUGAACUUGGCCAUGAGUUGGCAUUCUGCCCUGGCUCUGACUUGACUCUUUUAAAUUUGGCCUUGAUUAAAAAUGAAUUUCUAUCGGACUCUGCCUCGACUCUUUCUGGUUUGGACUUGAUUUGGAUUCAAAUCUUUUUCAACUCACCAAAAUUGAAACCAAGAACUGGCCUUCAGAUGGACUACGCUUAAUGACUUUAUCUGCCAAGCCUUCUAUCAUUGUGAGGGUGGUGUAGAACUGCCACUGACCUUAUUUUCUAAUUCUGCCCCCACUGUCAUAUGCUGAGUGGUAUCUCGCAGACACAUUCAUUUCUAAAGACAUGUACCACCAGCUCUCCCAGGGUGGUAGUCAUGCAUGUGUGAACAUGUACUUAAAAAGCAAGUAUGUUAGCAACCUAAAUGGGAAGACUUAUGACUUUAAGAUUUAAAACGCCACAGAACAUCUGUGACACUUCAGAUUCAUCAGCUUUUCACUAAAUACAGCCUGUCAGCCCAGUGCCUUCUGUGAAAUUAUUUUAAAGCAGCCCUGUGGAGGAUUAUGACAGCUGUGGCCACCUUCAUCUGUCACGUAACCGUCACCUGAUAGGUUGUAAUUAAAUAUAGAAGAUGGAUGUGGCCACUAGACUGUCACCCGUUAGUUUCUGGGACACCAUUUUGAUGCCUUGCGUUUUGAAAUUAGCCGUUGACAUUUAUUUUCUUUUUCCAGGAAAACUACGCACACCAAUUUUGUAGCACCUUGUCAAUCUUAAAGUUGCUCUUACCAUACCGUGCUUUAUCAUCUAUUUGCUUCUAAAUGGGAGCAGAAUUUACCAAAUUAACACCUUACUCUAUUGAAGGAGAAUUAAAACUAGCAAAUAAGACUAUUGGGAAUGUUUACAGAGGAAAAAAACAAAAGGAAGGGCAAUUUUCUCAUCUAUACAAUUAGACUUUCUUUUUGUACCCAGAGGAAUCACCCCCUGCUGGCUGUUUAAAAGAUUAUACAUUUAAGGAACUUCAGACGCUAUGUCCAUCUUUUAUAGACAGUCUGUGGUUGCAAUGGUUUUCCUAGAGUUCUCUAUUGGCUAGUUACAUUUCUUUAUUCGUUAUUUAGACCACUCAGUCAGUGAAUGGCAUGAAACUAAUAGCAGUCCAACAAAAUUGCUCCACAGCCCAACUAGUGGUCUAAAACUCCACAGGGUACCUUUAAUUUCCAAAAAUGUGGCACAUGCAAACAAAGGUUGAAAUAUUUGUGGUUUAUUUUUAUACAAGCUAGCCCAAAUACUGUUAUUGAUAGAAUAUAAAAAGAAAGAAAACAUACGUUUAAAUUAUUAUCAUAGAAGACUUUCAGUUUUGGUUUGUAUCACUCAUAUUAGUACAGCCUUGUUUUUACUGGUUGAUUUCCCAUGUAGAUUUUUGUACAAAAUGUUUUAGCUUAAAAAAGUUUUUUUAAAAAACAGAGACUAAAUGCACACAGAGGGGACGGUAGAUUAUUAUGAAUGUGUGGUGCGUGUGUGCUGGGGCUAUUAAUCAUAGGAUAUAUAAUAUAGAUACUAUAUGAAGCCAUAUGAAUUUAACUUAUUGUAUACUUUAAAACUAUGAAUAGACUGUGAUAUUAAAUAAAGGUCAUUGGAACUGAAUGAUUCUGUUAAUGAUGACUUCCUUGCUGUUUACAGAUUCUUGCUAUGUUGCUUCUUUCACCGACAUUACGCGUUCAACGUCACAUAGAGUUUUUCGUUAGCAAAGUCAGCUUGUCGCGCUGUUGAUGCUUUUUAUUGUGCGUAAAAUCAAGCCAGAGAUGUCGCCAUUAAAAUGCUCCUGAUUAUUUCUGCAUUAUUAAGUUGGAAGUGUUCUCAGCUACAUUUGUGUUGCUUUUUGCUACAGAUCUGGAAUCUGUUUUUCAUCCACGGAUUAAGGGAAUGUGACAGAAACACAUAGAGACACUUUCUACAUGCUCCACAAGACUUUUUCUUUUCUUUUUUAAGGCAUUUUGCCUUCUUUUCUUCAUGUUUUUCAUACAUUUUCUUUUUUAUAUAUAUAUCGUUUGUCGAUGUAUCCAGUGUGCUUUUUUUUUCUACACCGUGUGGCUCAUAGGGUUUACUGUAUCUGUGGCACAAGAUCUUAUUUUUAUGUAAUCACUGUUGUUACUGUCAAUAUGUUCAUCAGCCUGUUUUCAGUGUUGUUGUCAGCUGUGUGUGCAAUAAUAGGAGGUGUUAAAACA